ACAUAAUUAUCUAACGUUCAAUAGACAUGUAAUUCAGGUUAAAACUAUCCGAAAUUUAAACACAAGCUUAGUUCGUCUUAAGCUAUCGCAUUGAGGACUUGCACGCCAAGGCGGAGCCUUUUGCUGAACAUCUUUCAGAAGUGAGAUCUCCUUUCCCGUCCAUCACCAUGUCCUCAGAAAACAACUUGGAUGAUGAGGAUACUUUCAAGAUCCUGAUUGCUACAGAUAUUCACCUCGGUUACCUCGAGAAGGAUGCUAUCCGUGGCAAUGACUCUUUUAACACACUUGAUGAAAUCCUGAAAUGUGCCAAGACAAAUCAGGUAGAUUUCAUCCUGCUGGGUGGUGAUUUGUUCCAUGAUAACAAGCCGUCACGUCGAUGCCUCCACAGCUGCAUCACUAUGCUGAGACGAUACUGCAUGGGAGACACGCCCAUUAACUUCAACAUUCUGAGUGACCAGACUGUCAACUUCAACACCACCCAGUUCCCCUGGGUCAACUAUCAGGAUGAAAACCUGAACAUCUCUAUUCCCACAUUCAGCAUUCACGGUAACCAUGAUGAUCCAACCGGGGCUGAAGGUUUGUGUGCGUUGGAUCUGCUAAGUGCUUCUGGUCUUGUCAAUCACUUUGGUCACUCCCACUCAGUGGAGAAGAUAGAGAUCAGUCCCAUCCUUAUGCAGAAAGGCAUCACCAAGCUAGCCUUAUUUGGUCUUGGCUCUAUCCCUGAUGAGCGCUUGUACAGGAUGUUUGUCAACAACCAGGUAACGAUGCUUCGCCCCAAAGAAGACCAAGAUGAAUGGUUUAACCUCUUCACCAUCCACCAGAACAGGAGUAAGCACGGACCCACUAACUACAUCCCUGAGCAGUUCCUAGAUGACUUUCUCGACUUGGUGGUGUGGGGUCACGAACACGAGUGUUUGAUUACUCCAACCAGAAAUGAACAGCAACUCUUCUAUGUGACACAGCCUGGCAGCUCUGUAGCCACCUCCCUGUCUCCUGGAGAGGCAACCAAGAAACACUUAGGGCUGCUGCGGGUGAAAGGUCGUAAGAUGAACCUGCAAAAGAUCCCCCUAAAGACGGUGCGUCAGUUCUUCAUCCAAGAUGUGGUGCUAGCUGACUACCAAGACCUCUUCACACCUGACACUCCCCAGGUCACAAAGAAGGUGGAGGACUUGUGCUAUGCAAAGGUCACAGAGAUGUUAGAAGAAGCUGAAAGAGAAAGACUUGGAUGUCCGCUCACACCAGAGAAACCUCUUAUUCGCCUGAGGGUGGACUACAGUGGAGGCUUCGAGGCGUUCAGCACUUCUCGCUUCAGUCAGAGGUUUGUGGACCGCGUAGCCAACCCAAAAGACAUCAUUCACUUUCUCAGGCGCCGUGAGCAGAAGGAGGACACCAAAGAUGAGGUCAAUGUUGACUACGGCAAACUGUUAAAAACCACAGCAGUUGAGGGGCUGAGAGUGGAGGACCUGGUUAAACAGUACUUUGAAGCAACCGAACAGACAGUGCAGCUGUCCCUUCUGACCGAGCAGGGCAUGGGGAAGGCCAUUCAGGAGUUUGUAGACAAAGAUGAGAAAGACGCCAUUGAGGAGCUGAUCACUUACCAGUUAGAGAAGACGCAGCGCCACCUCCAAGCCAGAGGAGUAAAUACGGAGCAGGAUAUAGACACUGAGAUCCAGCGAUUCAGAGACUCCAAAAAAAACACAACCGAGGAAGAGAAUGAAAUCAAAGAAGCUAUCAACAGAGCGAAAGCUCACCGUUUAGAGCGCGGCGAGGAGCCUGUAGACCCGAAUAUAUCCGGUGAGCUUGCUCUGGACUCUGACGAAGGCUCAGCCCCAUCAGCUCCCCCCACCCGAGGCAGAGGGCGAGGAAGCAGGGGGCGGGGUGGCCGGGGAAGGGGGAGAGGUGCAACUGCCUCCGAACCAAAGCCAGCCGGUCGGGGCCGUUCCCAGAAAUCCUCACCAGCAACGCAAAGCAGAAGCAUUAUGCAAGCAUUUCAAGCUCCAUCCAAGAAAUCAUCUCUGACUGCACCCAGCAGAUCUUAUGCAGAUGAAAUGACCAUUGACGACUCAGAUGAAGAUGUUCCUGUAAUGAUAGCUACCCGACGCCCUCAAAAAUCAUCAUCGUCGUCAUCAUCCUUCCAGAGCAAGAGCCAGGCAUCUAAAGGAGUUGCAUUUGAUGACAGUGAUGAUGAUGAUGAUGAGUAUGACCCAUUCAAAGGCGCCAGUCGUUCACGGAGAUAACCAGUGCAUCUAUUAUGUAACAUUUGUUCAUCUGUAAAUGUUAAUUACCAAGUGAGCUGCUGCAGUGUUGUUCUGAAGGAUUUCAAAGGGCAUGUUUCAAUUUUCUCAGCACAGUCUUCUUACUGUUGACGAUAAAUAAUUAAAUUGAUCAGCUACUGCUCGGAUAAAACCGUCCAAUCAAUCUGUUCUGAUGGAAGGGCUCGGCUAAAGGAUAUGGGGCUCAAGGUGUUGAUGGCUUUAAGAACAGACUUGCUGUGCGUAUACUGCGGUUUUCCCAACCUUGUUCGUCAGCCACCAGGUGCAGCACAUACUUACUAUUCAUCAACAAUGAUCAGUUGGGUUUUGUCAUUAGUCUUUGUAGUAAUCUGACUUUCAAGAAAUUAUAAAUGUUUUUUUCAUACAUAAACUGUCUCCUUGUUUAUUAA